AUGAUGGCCUCGUGUCGGCCUCGGCGCCACAGCGUCGUCACGCUGCGCCUGACGGUGACGCCCGACGACGAGCUCGAGCUGUGCCGCGGCGGCGCCCCGGCGGCCGCGCCCUCGCCGAGCCCCACUCUGCCGCCGCGCCCGCGCUCGCACUCCCGCCAGCGCUACUCGCAGGGGCGCCAGCCGCCCGCCUCGCCCCUCCGCCGCACGCCCACCUCCCCGCUGCCCCGGACGCCCCCUCCGCUCUCCAGGACGCCCACGUCGCCCAUGAGCCGCACGCCCACCUCCCCCCUGUGCCGCGAGCCGCCCUCGCCCAACGCGCGCUCCACGCCCUCGCCCGUGUCCCCGCGCAGCGUGGGCGGCCGCCACUUCCGCUACGACGUGUGGGCGGACCAGAGGGGCCUCCGGCGGAGGUCGUCGCUGCUGACGGUGCCCUCCACGCACGACCCGCCCGCCGACCUCCACCUGCGCCUGCCCCGCCAGAGGUCGUCCUCCAUCGCCGGGCCGCUGCGCCCGCCGGACCUCGUCAGGUGGGUGGCCGCGAGCGAGCGCAAGGGCGUUUGGGUGGAGGCUUGA